UUCAUCAUAAUUUCAAAAUUGUAUAUAAAAGGGGCCAAUAAAUUUGAAAAAUUAUCAGUUCCGUUUGCUUCACUCAAACAGCAGCAAUCAUCCAAAGAAAAAAAAAAUAGUCAAAAUGAUCAAAAUCACCAUCAUCGCACUUGUCGCCAUUUUGGGAAUUGCAAUGGCAUUCCCACAAGAUGCAGUAUUGACACGUUCAGAAAUCCGCGAUGACUUCAAUCAAUUUGCAUUAAGCUACUCAUCGGAUAAAGGUUACGGGGUCUCACAACAAGGUGCUUUAAAAACUAUUGAUACUGAAAAUGGCAAACAAAAUAUUUACGUACAACGCGGUAUAUACGCUUUUUAUGGAACGGAUGGCAAGAAAUACACAGUUGAAUGGAUUGCCGAUGAGAAUGGUUUCCGAGCAACAGGUGAUCAUAUUCCAGUCGCCCCACCAGCUCCGGAAGUGCCAAUGCCUUAAACAAAGAUGCUCAACGAUGUACAAUUCCACCAAAUUAGAUGGUUAUUUCUGAUAUUUUUUUUAUAGUUUUUAAAUUAUAACUUGAAUAUGAUGUGAUUAUUAAAAUUCCAGAAAUAACAAAGAAAUUAUUCAAAAUCAA